GUCAUUUUAGUUUGUCGCAUCUCCUGACGUUUGCACCCAUGACGUAUUUUGGGAGCGUCGCGGUACCGAGGAAGAUGGCGCUGUUGUGGAGAUUGGUUGGCCGCAGCUGCCUGAGCUCACCACUCUCUCCUGCUACCCUUCUCAUCAGGUUCUCUCGAGCAGGUUCCACAGCCCAGCAGGAGAUGGAUCGAUUCUGGCAGAAGAACCAGCAGUUGAACAGGCCGCUGAGCCCCCACAUCACCAUCUACAGGUGGUCCCUGCCCAUGGCCAUGUCAGUGAUGCAUCGGGGCACAGGGGCUGCCCUCAGUACAGGAGUUUCUCUCUUUGCCUUGGCUGCCUUGCUGCUGCCCGGUGACUUCUCCAGUUACCUAGAAGUUGUGCGCAGCCUGCAGCUCGGCCCAGAGCUGAUCGGAGCCGCCAAGUUCUGCAUCUCCUUCCCCCUGGCCUACCACACCUGGAACGGAGUGAGACACCUGGCCUGGGACACGGCCCGUGCUCUGAAGAUGCCACAGGUGGAGAGUUCGGGGUACCUUGUCCUCACGCUGACCCUGGCCACCUGCCUGACACUGGCCUUGAUGUGAGGAACAGUCAUUGUUGUGGGGGGCAAUGGAGGGAUGUGGUAGGGGUUGUCCAACUCUGUACAUUAUUUCCAAUAAAACUUUGAUUUCA